AAUAAACUUUUCAAAUGUUUGCAUCAUGUGCUCAUAUCAGUUAAAUAAAUUUUUAUAUAUUGACGCUGUGACCGCAAAGCUAUUAGUAGCGCGCUUUGAUUACAAAAAUCAAACUGUGUCCAUUCUACUACAAUAAAUAUGCAGCAGAUACUUUCUAGUUUUUCAAAACAAUGUUCAAUGACUUUGAAUAUACUUUUGCAAAACACAGUUCACGUUGAACAUUUGUUUAGACUAAAGAGUCACAAUUGAAUGUAAUGCUACGUAAUUCAAAAUGUUUGUGACUUUAUUAAUUUUGAGUGUGUUUGCGGGUAAUUUAAGCGCUAAUCAGUCAGGUCGAAGUGGAGACAGUGGUGGUAAUAAUGAUAGUAUUGUCUUGCCUGAGAUUAUUGGCGAUAAAUUUUACUACUUCGGCUAUGGAAGUAAUAUGCUAACCAAGCGUAUACAUUUACAAAAUCCAACAGCGAUAAAAGUUGGGUCAGGACAACUAAAUGAUUAUAGACUAGAUUUUCAUACGUAUACUAAACGCUGGGAAGGCGCUCCAGCUACCGUGGUACCUCAUCAGAACCGGACUGUCCUUGGCACAUUAUGGGAAAUAGAUUUAAUCAAUUUAAGCGACUUGGAUGAGCAGGAAGGUGUUCCUCAGGAAAUCUAUAGGCCCUUAAGUUUAUCAAUAGCUCAUCGACCUAAUCGUACUACAGUUGCUCGGGUGUAUGCGCUUGUAAACCAACCUUCGACGGACUUCAAACUAAUGCAACCUGAUGACACACCAUUUGAUCGUCAACCAUCGAAAACCUAUCUAAAAUGUUUAAUCAAAGGAGCUAUUGAAACGGGCUUGACUAACGAUUAUGUAAACUGGUUGAAAUCCAUAAAACACAAUGGUAACGUUGUUGACGAAUUAGAAAACUUAUUGGACUUGAAAGACGUGGAAAUAUCCAACUAGUAUGAUAGGCUUUCGUAUAAGUAAAUUUUCUUUUUUUAAUUACACUGGUCAUUAAUUCUUUGUCCCAUAUUAGUAUAUGAAUGGUGUUCUUAGCUAAGUGACGAGAACUGAAUUUGAAAGUGAAUGCUGCUCUAGUUUAUUGGAUUCAGCAUUCUUUGUGGCAUUUUAACUUCUAUUAAAUUGAUCAAAAACAUUACAUAUUAUAAGAGGGGACAUUUCUCCAGCGACACUUGCGCAACAAACUUGUUAUAUGGUACUUCAUGACAUUUGUUGUAAACAAACGCUAUGAAAAAGAGCAAGAAACUACUGACAAUAACUGACUUUUCUUUGACAAGUUUGUGUACAAGUUUACAUUGCAUAUUAACAUAUUCUGCUAACGAAAUGCUGUUUCUACUAUUACUUAUAUGUAUUUGUAUACAUAUGUAAAUAUAUAUAUAUAAAUAUAUAAUCGCAAUUCUUACUGUUGCCAGCCUUUACAAAUUCACGGUAAAAAAGAAUAUACGCUUGACCCUGACCUUCUAUUAUUUGCUGACUUUUUUUUUGUUGUUCAAGAUAACGAUCAUACACCAUUUUGCACAUGAAUGUUACACUUUAAACGACAUAAUACAUCCAUGAAUACGCCCAUGUAGUUUUCUCAUUACAACUCAAAUGCGUUUCGCUUAUCAUUUAAGACAAACUUAAGGAAAUUGGCGCCUUUUCGAUCAAUAACCUUUUUAAAUCAUUAUGCCAUCAAUGGAAUUUCUAAGCGAAAAUUUAAAUUUCUAAGAAGGAAAACGGCACAAAACAUUGCCCCAUAAUUUGACCGUCCCGAAAAUUUAAUGUACAGCAGCAAGAAUCUAAAAAAGGCCAACCUAAUCCAGAUUUUAAUAUAUAAUAUUUGGCGGUUUGAUUAUACUUACUACUGCUUUAAUUGGUGUUAGUUUGCGAUAUAUUAAAACUUUCAUAACGGCAAUGGCUACUACUUCUAUAAAUUU